ACUUUUUCCAUUCUUGUACGGCAAACACUUUUUCGCACUUUCCACAAAGACGGCGAGAUGUUCGGCUUCUCGCCAAAGUCCCAAAUGGACAGCAUGGUGUGUCCUUAUUAUAGCAAGGAUGUGCUGGUUGGCAACUGGCGGGAGCGUCGCUACGUUAUGGAGCAAGAAAGCAACGCCAUUCUGCCGGGCCUGCACACGAACGAGAAUUGCGAGCAACAUCGCACCCUCAACCAGGACACGUACACGGAUGCGGCCUUCAAGGGGGACGAGGUGAAGAGCCGGCACGAUGAACGGCGCAUGGAGUCCUUUCGCAACUGUUUUAAGAGCAGCGCCUCGCAGGUGGUUCUGCAGGAUAGACCCGAAAUGGGCAAAAAUUAUACGACCACCAAUACUCUGUUCUUUGAGGUGCUGCCCAAGGACCGCCAGCAGUGGUGCCAGCAGGGCGCCGCUAAGAACAAAAAGGAGAUCGAGCUCACUCGAGUCCCACAGUUCGACACCCUGCAGGGCUACGGAAACCUCACCAAGACCGGCUUCAAUACCCGCAGAUUUUGCAAAUACGCACUCGAUUCAGCAAAUUGCCGCUACCAGACCACCUAUUCGGCUUCCUACGAUCCUGGCACGAAGUCGAAGCCGAAGGUCCCCUCUGAAUUGCUAAAAUAUGAGGAUCUCGUGUGCUGAGCCAAAACCAAAACCGAACCUUGCAUUCCAAAUCGUAUAGUUUAGCGACUCCUUACAGAAUUCUUUCAGCUAGGUUCAUUGUCCUCCUCCAAUAUACUUAUGUCCUUGCGCGUCUGGAUGGCCCCUUCCCCCAUCUCUAAAGCGAAUAUUAGAUGCCAAACAUAUAUGCCAGCAUCAAAUUUUUUGCAUCUCAUAUGGCUUCAAAGAUGGUGCAAGGAAAAGGCCCUAGUUGAACAUCAUUCUAAAAACAUACAUAAAUUUAUGGAUAUCUGAAGAAUCAAUAAUAAAAUCGUUCUCAAUGCCCUCGAAA